AUGGAUAAGAAAAUCAUGAAGUUUGAAGAAGAGAUUAAGAAGAUAGAUGACCUAGUAAGCAGUGGAGCAUAUGAUGGAAUAGUUGAGGCAAGAAGAAAGGCUUUGGUGACUUGCUGUGAGAGAUGGUACGUUAGAAAAGAGUUGCACUGGAAACAGAUGUCACGUUCUCAACAUGCAAAGGACAUGGACAAAAACACCAGAUACUUUCAUCACAUAGCUUCUUCAAGGAGGAGGAAUAACAGAAUUGAUGCCCUAGUGAUUAAUGGAAGAUUAGUCAGAAAUUCAGCUAGGAUAAAAAUAGCUAUUACAAAUUUCUAUAAGCGAUUGUAUCAUCAAGAGGAAUUUCCUUUGGUGGGUUUCAGGAAUGGACUGGUGAAUAUGAUAUCAAAAGAGGAUUCUCUAGCUUUAGAGGUAUUACCAUCAGUUGAAGAAAUUAGAGAGGCAGUGUGGGACUGUGAAUCAUCUAAAGCACCAGAAAGUGAUGGGUACAACAUGAAAUUCAUCAAGAGGUGUUGGGAUGAGAUUGGGACUAAGUUUAUAGCAGCUGUGACAAGUUUCUUUCAGACGGCUAGGUUACCUAAAGACUCCAACAUUACAUGGAUGGCAUUAGCUCCCAAGUUCAUUGGGGCCAAGGAAAUCAAAGACCUUCACCCGAUUAGUAUGGUGGGAUGUGUAUAUAAGGUAAUCUUGAAGGUGUUAGUUAGGAGGAUGAGGCUAGUGAUGUCGGGACUGGUUGGAGAGACUCAGAGCGCAUUUGUCAAGGGUCGUAAAAUACAUGAUGGGGCGCUUAUUGUGUGUGAAACUGUGCAUUGGCUUAAAACAAGGAAAAAAGAGGCGGUAAUUAUCAAGCUAGAUUUUCAAAAGGCAUAUGAUAGAGUCAAGUAG